AUGACCUCGCUCCAUAUACUGCUCUUCAUCAUCCUGCACAGGCUUCUCAUUCCUUUAGUUAGGUCUGCGAGCACAAAUCUCGACCCUUACCCAGGCGCUCCGGCCGCGAACAUACAUUUCCACGUAAUCCAGCAAAGCAAAGCUGAAAGUGCGGCUUCCAUAGCGGAAAGAAUCUUGUCGCUACCUCCAGGCUAUCUGCGUCCCGUGUACGGCUAUGAAGAGAUUCAGCGACAAGCUCUGUUACAUCACAUCCAAGUACCCGAUUCUCGCUUUGCGGUUUUUGGCAGAAACAGCGGGGAGGGAUGGUUCGUCGCCAGCCCAUGGGUCAUUCGACGAUCGGAACAAGAGCCCUGGACACGAUGUCUUGCCUUCCUCGCAGUCAUGAGGUCAGGCGAAGCGAUUCCUCUUGGAUACGCUACUGUGAGGGAAGGUGUGCCCCCUGGACAUACCGAGGACCUAUGGACAACGGUUCGUAGAGCUGCACUGACGACGCAACAAGACAUGCUGACCACAUUCGGACUCAGAACACUCGUCACGCCUGCAGUCUGA